GCGGGGCGGAAGCGCCGGGGCGGGGCUGCGCGCGGCGGCGGCGGCGGCGGCGGCGGCGGCGGCGGCGGCGGCGGCGGCGGCGUGGGGGCCAUGGCGGCGGCGGUGAUGCCGGGCCGGUGCCGGUGCGGGCGGGACCCGUGCGGGGCGCUGUGCCUGCUGCUCACCUACCUCAGCGUGGGCUACGCCGACUACGUCGUGCUCACCCACGUCCUGCCGCAGCCCGGCUUCCGGGGCAGCCUGUGGUGCCCCUUCCACGCCGUGGCCUUCAACCUCGUGGUGCUGCUGCUGCUGGCCUCGCACGGGCGCGCCGUCCUCGCCGACCCCGGCGUGGUUCCCCUCCCCGCCACCGCCAUCGACUUCUCGGACCUGCGCAGCGGCGCCCCGCGGAGCGACGAGGACUGGACGGUGUGCAACCGCUGCGAGACCUACCGCCCGCCCCGCGCCCACCACUGCCGCGUCUGCCACCGCUGCGUGCGCCGCAUGGACCACCACUGCCCCUGGAUUAACAACUGCGUCGGGGAGUUAAACCAGAAAUACUUCAUCCAGUUCCUCUUCUACACUGGGCUGGCCAGUCUCUACGCCGUGGGGCUGGUGCUGGCCGCCUGGCUGCGGCCGGCAGACAGGAGCCCGGUGGGGACAGCGGCGGGAAUGGGAGGAGACAUCUCCGAGAGCCGCUUCCAGACAGCCCACUGCAUCGUCCUGCUGGUGGAGUCCGUCCUCUUUGGGGCGUUUGUCACCGUCAUAUUUUACGACCAGGUCAUGUCGAUCAUCACGGACGAGACCCCCCUGGAGCAGAUCCGUGACCGGGUGCUGAAGGAGGCGAGUCGCGAGGCGACGCGCAGCCGGAAACCCAAGCUGGCACUGCUGCGGGAGGUGUUUGGGAGAGGCUUUGUGAUCUGCUGGUUUUUCCCGUGCAACUGCAGCGCCCCGGCGGGCACGGGCCCUGCUUACAGCUACCUGCCCAACUAUGACGUGUGAACAACCGGCGCCCGACUGUCAGUACAGCCGGAGCCGGCAAGAAGGACGCUGAUAACACGUCACCGGCAGCUUUGUGGGGCUGCUGCGGCCGCGUUGCGGAGCCGCGGUGGGUGUUGCUAUGGGGCUCUGCCCCCUCCGUGCCUGCUCGCGUGAGCCGUGUGCCUCCCCCCGGGGAACGGUCCGCAGUGCCGAAGCUGCCCGGAGCCACUGCAGUGGGCACGUGGCACCCGGAGCUGCUCCCUCGGCACAGCGAGGUGCUGUGUCCCCCCCCGCCCCGCUGGUUUUGGCACGGCGAGCACCCGACCCCGUGGUCCCCAGGGUGCCAGGGUGCUGCUGGGGCCUGGGGAAGGGUUUGCUGCCUCGGGGCAUCUCGGGGGGGUCUCAGGGGCAGGUUAUAGCAGCGAGGCUUGGGCGCUGCGUGCCCCCAGCUCCUGCUGCCCAGCCCCUGUGUGACAUCUGGAGACGGGCAGAGGCCCGUGGGUGCGGGGAUGGGCUGUGCGCAGCCCGCAGAAGCACCCAAUAAAGUCCCUCGCCGGGGAA